GUGUAGAGGUCAAAGUGCAGCGGACGGCUAGCGCUUCCGGCGGCGGCGGCUGGCGGUUGGAGCGGUGAUGGCGAAGCAUCAUCCGGACCUGAUCUUCUGUCGGAAACAAGCCGGAGUCGCUAUUGGACGAUUGUGUGAGAAAUGUGAUGGUAAAUGUGUGAUCUGUGACUCCUAUGUCAGGCCGUGCACACUGGUGCGUAUCUGUGAUGAGUGUAAUUAUGGGUCCUACCAGGGACGAUGUGUGAUCUGUGGUGGCCCUGGAGUCUCUGAUGCCUACUACUGCAAGGAGUGCACAAUCCAGGAAAAGGAUAGAGAUGGAUGUCCGAAAAUUGUUAAUCUUGGCAGCUCAAAAACUGACCUGUUCUACGAAAGGAAAAAGUAUGGCUUUAAGAAGAGGUGAUGCCAGAAUGACUGGAGGGAAUCUUUCAUGUUCCAACUGAUCGUGGGGACAGUGUAGCAUUGUUGCAUGUUUAAUGUUGUUACUUCACAGUUUUUAGUAGGUCUUCAAGGUUCAAAUUGGUCAGUUUGUGGAGCAGGGCAGUGUGCAUGCAGAAGUGGACUUUUUCAAGAAAAAAAAACAGGAUAUUUUCUCUCUCCCACCAAUGUGUUUAUUGGAGUUGAAUUAGUGUAUUUCAGUCAGUGGACCUUUUGAGGUCUCUUCCUGAGCAGGAACAAGCUGCGAUCACCAAUCUGUUGACUUAUUUGCAGGCUUUAAAAAAGAUGCGAGAUUAGUAACUGGAGAUUUUGAAUCAGUAGCUGUUAAUAAUUCAUUCUCUAUGUUUCGCAUUUAUUUACCAGAGGCAGAUGAUUGUUCCCUACUCCCUUCCCUAUUACUUCACUCUGGACAGAUGGUUGGGUAUUUAUCUUGGAUUUCAUAUUUGGAUUGACAUCUAUUCAUGAGUUGCCCUAGAGCUGUGGUUUGUGUCAUGCAGCCCACCAACCCCUGCCUCCAGCAGCUCCCUUCGGAACAGUUAGCUGACCACAUUCUAUAAACACAUUUUACAUUUCACUUGAUGUAAGAUCUCUCUUUAAGAAGUGGCAUGACUAACAUAGUUAGAAAAAUAUCCAUUAACUUCACAUUGUGUAACUAGACAGUAUGACCUGUACAAGGUCCAAGACUGAUCUUCAGUCUGAGUUAACGUUUGGUUGAGAUGCUACAGUUGGCUGCCAGCAAUGAGAAUAAAACGCUGGGGAUCCUACUCCUGAUUUCUCUGCAGUAAUAAUUGAUGGAAAUGUGUGUGUUGGGACAGAGUCACGCUCCCUUGCGAAUUAUUUUAUUCAGCACGUGGUCAGGUAGCAUUCCAAGGCUAGAUGUCCAAAACUUCAUUUUUUUCCAAAAUAUUCCCCGGCAAGCCAGUCAGUACAAAAAUGUUUGGGAUGUUCCACACGCAGCCAGAUGCUAUUAUGGGAGAGUGACCAGAGGGAUGAGCUUUGGAUGCUUUGUUUCUCGUUCUCAUGAGCUUUGCACAGUGUGAGUGCAUCAGCAUUAUUAAGGCUGAAAAGCACAGUCCUAACAUCAGUGGGUGACAUUGCCAUCUUUUAAACCAGAUCUGAAGUGUCACACUUAACAUCAAGAAACCAUCAAGAUAAAAGUGAUCCAGUGUGCAUAGUGCCUCUCCAUCUUAAAGCACCAAAGUGAAGUGCUUCAGUUUCUAAAACAGCUUCCGGAAUAUUAAUUGUAGCUCCCUGAUUUUACGCUUUAUUAGGUUAAAGAAUUUGAUCAUGUUAUGGCUUAUUAAUUAGGACUUUUAUGUCAUACAGUAAAAACAUGCUGAUGAUUUUUGUCCUUAAGAAUAAAGUGUCUAUGUCCUCCAGUAAUCCUUCACUCUACAUAAUGCUCACUCUGCUAAAAAGCUUGCCACAAAGUGCCUUGCUUCCUAAAUAGGGAACUAGAGGAUGAGAGGGUUUUUAAUCUGUGCCUCAUAUUCUGCCAGUGCAAAGCUUUACUUUGGCUCCAAGCUUGUCCCUCUUCCUGAUGCUGAACUGGUGACUGAGCUGCACAACUCAUUUCCUGUCAGUACAUAAUUAAAUGCCAUUAGGGUGGUAUUGCUGUUGGAUCUCUUUGGUGGAAAGAGGUUUUAAAUUAUCCAGGAAGUGGAGGUUAUAAUAUGUAGAUUAAGCCAGUAUAGGACCUUUUCGUGGACAACUCUUUUCUUUUUAAUUUGGGAAAUUAUCAGAAGCUACUAGUCUCCAUUUACUCUUGUCAAGAAAGUAAAUUGAUGUUCUUCACUCAUUUGAAGGAAAUAUGACCCAAAGUGAGAGUGCUUUGACACAAAAUGAGUACAGAAGAGAAGCUCCUUUAACACAGGAGUUUCCUUUAGAAUUUGUUUCUAAUCCAGGUAUUUUGGGGACAUGGGUGAUUGUCACUUCUUGAUUCCUGCUGCAUUGCCACUCAUUGUAACUGGUUCACACUGCCAAACAAAGAUAAAGGUAAAAGAUUGUAAGUAACACAUGAAAGAUUGACUGCGUGAUCAGCCAUUUUGAAUGAAGUGUCCCCACCUUCAUUUGUAGUUGAAGAUUGUUUGAAUGCUUUAAUUAUUGAACAAUGAUUUGUUCCCACUUCAAGUUUUUUUUUGAAUAAACCAUUUUUUCCUA